AUUUGCUCAACAGAUUGUUUCCUCUUUGUCUCUCGGCUGAUACACAAUGGUUCAGUUUUUAACUCUGCAUGUGUUUCUCUGUGCCAUGGGUUUGCUCUCAGAGACUCUGUGCUCUUUAACUUUGGAGGCAGAAGCUGGAGAUAAUGUCACUAUUUGGUGCCAACAUGACCUGACUGCUACAGAUUCCAUCUACUGGUUUAAACACACGAGUGAUUCAGUUCCACUUCUUCUUGGGUGCAAAAAGUUUAGGACAUCAGCUCCAUUACAACCGUGUUACUUCUUUACUGAAAGUGAGAGAAUAGUGAUGUCAGUUCAUGGCAAGAACACGUCUCUCACAAUCACUGCAGUAAAAGUCUCUGAUACAGGACUCUAUUACUGCAGCUUCAGUGAUAAAAUGAUCUUUAGCAACUCGACGUCUUUACAAGUGAAAGGUGUAAAUAAAACAUUUUCUGAAAACUUGGAAAAAACAACAGGUUCAAACUCUUCUGCUGUGUUCGUCAUGCUGAAUGUGGUGUUUGGUGCCGUGAAUGUGAUUCUUCUGAGUGUCCUGAUCUUCAUCAUACUGAAGCACAGAAAAGCUCAGAGAGGUGCUGAAGCAGAAGCUAAUGAGGUUGCUGACUCGGACUCGGUGCAUUACGCUGCACUUCACUUCUCUAAGAAUAAAACCAACAGAAUCAUGAGACAUGAUGAAAUGGUGGAUCAACAUGUGGUAUAUUCUUCAGUCGAACAGAGUAAUGUGUGUACGUAAUGUCAAAUAUCAUUACUGUUUACUUAAUAUGAAGCAGAUGUUUCUGAUGGUCCAUGUUUGGAAGAACUAUAUCAUUUGUAACAUCACAUUUACAAAAUAUAAUAUAAUUUAAUAUAAUAUAAUAUAAUAUAAUAUAAUAUAAUAUAAUAUAAUAUAAUAUAAUAUAAUAUAAUAUAAUAUAAUAUAAUAUAAUAUAAAAUAAUAUAAAAUGAUAUAAUAGCUUCAAGAUUCUGCACAUUUAAUUUUUACUCUAAACCUUGUAUCAGGUCUCUCAGUUUAUAUCCAGUGUAAAAAAUAUUCAAGUGUAAAUAGAUACAUGUCUUUAUUUCUUGCUUGUUUCUAAGAAAAUAACAGAUUUGUAGAAGCUCUGACAAUAAAAACUGUACUUUGUAUUAAACACUAAUUGAUAUUGUGUGUAAAAAUGUAUCCUCAUGUCCCAUAAAGUGAAGUUCAUCUAGUCAUCUUGUCAGUGAAAUAGAAAUAUUUGCUAUUCCAGCUUUUCCAAGUGGAAUCUCAGGAGUCUGAAAUGGUUUAUUUCAUUUCUGGAUUUGGUUCUUUUUCAG